CUAUUUACCAAUCACAGAAGAGAUUUUAGUCACGUGGUAUUUUAAAUCUCAAGGAGGUGAAAACAAAUGUGGAAUAACUUCAGGCUUUCAUGACUCCAAGCACUGGCCUGAGAUUGAUGUUGCACCUGUGUCUUGCUUAACAACAACUCACUUUGAUGUGUCUUACCUUGAGCCAAAGUUCAAACAAUCAUGGACACUACUACAAACUUACAGGAAGGCUCCAGUAAUUGCCCAGUGGCAUUGCUAGUUGACCUCUCAUCUGCAACCGAAAGCCCAGAAAAAACAGAAGGAAAGAAGGCCAGUACAACAGAAAGUGAAAACAGUUUUCAAUCGGAAAGUCAGAAAAAUACACAAGCAGAAGCUUUACAACUGAUGAAUAUAGAAAAUUGUGAAAACAUUGAGUCAAGUCGGAGCAGUGAAAAAGAAGGCCCACAAAAGAUGCAGAUGGAAGAUCUAUUGAAAGAGGACAUUAAGCUCCUUGACCAUGAAGAAUUUGAUUUUGACCUGCCAGUGUCUCCUUCUACCAGUCCUGAGAAAGAGCAGGUUGAGGAAAUGGAUGAUGAAGAUGAAGUUUUCUUUGGUCCUGUUGGCUUCAAGGAGACCAUAGUGUCUGUCACGGUGACUAGCUCUGAAAGUGCAGCUAUCAAACCUCUCAGCCCUCUACGCCCAGACCAAAUGGUGGCACUGUUCAAGGAGGCAAACACAGUGGCCUGUGCCAUCGAUAUGCACAGCAAGAAGGAACAGAAAAAGGCUGGAAACAAAGCCUCUCCAGCUACAACAAAGACACCGUCCCUGAUAGAUCAGUUAGACUCGGUAUUGAAAGUUAGACAAAGUGAGGCCGUGAAAAGCCCGGGCAGUCCUCUUCGGAGGCAGGGCACAUUCACUGUCAACAGCAGCCCUUUGCAUAUGCUGCCUCAGAGCAAAAGGGAAAAUUUGCCUGUGAUAGACAAGAAUGGUAUGGAGAUAAAAGAAGCGACAGGGGGCAGCACCACACAGUUACAGGAUGGAGUUGCAGCCAGAGCUCUCAGAGCUAGGGAAAAAUUGAACCAGGGGUGUUCAAAAGGUCCACACAGUAAUGAAAAACCCCCUGAGCCAGAAAAGAACACAGAAGAAGAUCCAGCAUAUAAAGAGGAGGUCAUAGUUGUGCAACCUCCAAAAAUAGCUGCUCCUUUAGAACGUCCACCUGCUGAUGAACUGAUGGUCAAUCUACCAGUCACAGUUUCACCCAGUCUCAAGCAAGCUUUAGAGAAAAAAUUACAAGAAUUAUCACUGAAAUCAGAAAUAGUAGAAAAUGAUUCAGCAGAGACACAAGGAGUGCCAGUAGGAACAUGUUGUAAAAAUAAUGCCUGUAAAAAGAGAUAUGAAGAUGAGAGCAGCAACUCAGAUACAUGUGUUUUUCAUCCUGGUGUCCCUAUAUUUCAUGAAGGGUUAAAAUAUUGGUCUUGCUGCAGAAGAAAAACAACAGAGUUUGACAACUUUUUAGAACAAGAAGGGUGCGCACGGGGAAGUCAUAAUUGGUUUAAAAAGGAGGAUUCUGCACAGAAGGUGGUGUGUCGGUAUGACUGGCAUCAGACACCAUCAGCUGUCUCAGUAGCAGUCUACUCCAAGGUCCCGGUCCCAGAAAAGUCAUUUGUACAAGCCAAUGCUGUCAAGCUGAAUAUUCAUAUAGAAUUUGAGGGAGGAGAGAAGAUUUAUGAUAAUGAUUUUAUAUUACACGGGGUUAUAGAUCCUCAAAAGAGUAAUGUUAAAAUGAUGGGAACAAAAGUAGAGAUAAACUUGAAGAAAGCUGAGCCUGGCAGUUGGGCCAAGUUAGAACUUCCUCCAGAACUUGUUCAAAGUAAUGAACUAGAGGUGGUCACAGAUGAUAUGAAAGUGGUGCAGGAUGAAUAAACAAAUUAUGAGCACUGCUCCUGGAAAACUUGGAAGAAAUCUUUGUCCCCCAAUAAAAAAUCUUUUUAGCCAAAGCCCUUUAUCCUAAACAUUUUUGUAUGUUAUAUUAUCAUAAAUGUGUAAUUUAAAAUAUUCCUUGUUUGUAGAAAGAUGUGUGAGCAUAUAUAUAUUUUUUUGUGAUGUGGUAGUCUUCUGUUUUCAAACCCUCGAAUACUUAUUUUCUUUUUUAUAACUCUUUUAAUUUUAGCUGUGCUUAGGAGUGUCAAGUCAAACAUCUGUGUCAUAAUUUUUCUACUUAAAAUAAAACUGCAGUGAAAUCGGGGGAGAAGAGAAGACUGGUGCUGUUAGUAAAAUGAAAUCUUAUAUAGAAACAAAGUAAAUGAUACAUUCUGCUUAUUUCGUAAGGUAGAUAUUUUGUCCUGAAACCCAUGAUUGCCCAUUUUCCUGCAAAGUAUUACCUAAGUCAUUGGCUCGUUUCAUGUAUACAUGGAGUGUCUAAAUCUAUGUGAAAUGUAGUAGUUAUCAGGAGGGUCAUUGCUGAUGAGUUGCCAGUGGACAAGCAUCGAAAAACCCUGAUGUUAUCGACAGUUUAGAAGCAGUACUCAAAAAUAUUCCAUGAAGAAAUGGUGGACCCUAUUUCUUUGCAUGGCUUAAUUGAAGUGUAUGGUCACAGACAUUGAUUGUAUAUUUAUGUCAGAGUUAUUUCUAACUUUUAAUCCGGAAUUAUUUUUUGGGCUGAAAGUGAGGAACUUGUCUUUGAAAAGUGCAAUUAAAAAAAAUGUUAAGGACACAAAACUACAGAAUGCAACCUUUGUAAGAUUUGAAAACAAAUGUCAAGUUUUUGUUUAAACAUUUUGAUUAAGCUAUUGCAUUGUUAUUAUUUAUGA